GUCUGUAUGUCUUAGCUUGAAACUGGUGAUAACCUUUGCAGCGCUCCAUGGUAGAUAACCAGCUCUUGGCUGCAAGCGCUUGCCGCGUUUAUUGUCAUGCCACAAUCUAUUUAAGCGCGUGCCCACUUCAAAUAAGACUUCAGUUCUCGAAAGAAGACUUGUACAGCAGUACCUGUUAGUGACGUGCGCGUGCGCAUUAGUCAAUAUAUUUUCAUAAAUAAAGUUUCAUCUGAGUUUUGUGAUUUGUGUAAAGUUGGACCUCUGCAAUAAAAGUUUAGUUUUUGUGUGCCGAAAAAAUUAUUUUUCUUGUGUCAAACUUUGAGAAUAUGCCAAAAAACUGAAAGAUUGGUGAAAAUUGGUGAAAAGUUGUGUCUAAUAGUCUAGAAAUACGAAGAAAAGUUUUUGUUCAAACAAAGCUUCGAGCAAAAUGAUGGCGGAACGUCAGACGUCUUUUGACAAGCCAACGCGUUUUGAUGGCACUUCGUACAUUGCUGAGGGCAUUGACAAGAAUGAGUCGCGUAGCACUUGCCUUUUGUACACACUGAAAGAACAAAGCAGCGGCUCGCUUGCGAAGAGUUUAAAAAUCUUCACGCACUACAACGUCAAUCUGCUGCACAUCGAAUCGCGCUCAUCCGUUCGUGUGCCCGGUUAUGAGUUCUUUGUGGAAUGUGACACCACAUCUGGGGCAAUUGGCAAGGCCAUUGAUGAGUUGCGUGGGGAAUGCAGUUACUUCAAUAUAAUAUCACGUGAUUACAAGGAUAAUAGUGCGGCGGUGCCAUGGUUCCCGCGCAGAAUAAGAGAUCUUGAUCGUUUCGCUAAUCAGAUUUUAAGUUAUGGCUCGGAAUUGAAUUCUGAUCAUCCUGGUUUCACCGAUCCCGUUUAUCGUCAACGAAGGAAGUACUUUGCCGAUAUCGCUUACAACUAUAAACAUGGCGAACCUUUACCACGCGUCGAGUACACCAAAGAAGAAGUUGAGACUUGGGGCACAAUGUUUAAAAACCUAACUAAAUUGUACAAAACGCAUGCUUGCCGUGAAUAUAAUCACGUGUUUCCUUUGCUGGUUGAUAAUUGUGGUUACAAAGAGGACAACAUACCACAAUUGGAGGAUGUUUCGAACUUUUUGAAAGAUUGUACCGGCUUCACUUUACGCCCAGUCGCUGGCUUACUCUCUUCACGCGAUUUCAUUGCGGGGCUUGCUUUCCGUGUCUUCCAUUCCACACAGUAUAUACGCCAUCCCAGCAAACCGAUGUAUACACCUGAACCAGAUGUUUGUCAUGAACUUAUGGGCCACGUACCGUUAUUCGCUGAUCCCGCAUUUGCACAAUUCAGUCAGGAAAUCGGCUUAGCGUCUUUGGGUGCACCCGAUGAUUAUAUCGAGAAGCUGGCAACUAUCUUCUGGUUCACCGUUGAGUAUGGCCUGUGUCGCCAAGAUGGCGAUCUUAAAGCCUACGGUGCCGGUUUACUCUCAUCCUACGGCGAAUUGGAGUAUUGUCUUACCGAUAAGCCACAAUUACGUGACUUUGAGCCAACAGUCACCGGAAGUACCAAAUAUCCGAUUACGCAAUUCCAAGAGGUAUACUAUGUAUCGGAGAGUUUUGAGAGCGCCAAAGAGAAGACAAUCAAAUUCGCCAAUUCCAUACCACGUCCCUUCGGUGUACGCUAUAAUGCCUAUACGCAGAGUAUCGAAGUACUCGACUCAAAGAAGCAGAUUCGCAAUCUGAUGGACGAUAUCAACUCAGAGUUUCAGAUUCUACAAAACGCCGUGGAGAAGUUGAAAGUGUAGAAACAAUGGAGAAUUUUCUAUGGAAAAUAUAUGUACAGUUGUAUAUAUGCAUUUAUUAGCUAGCCACAUACUUAUUGAUAGAUUUACUUUAUAUUUUUUGUAAAUAUUUACCGUUAUGAAAUAUAUUUGAAAAAAAAAAAUUAUUAUAAACAACAA